GUUACACACGUCUGUAGACACUGGCGCAAUGUGGCUCUCGAUUGCUCGACUCUUUGGAGAUUCAUCAGUUCUUCCUCUCCUUUUUGGCUAGAUAUCAUGCUUGAGAGGUCGAAGGAAAUUCCUUUGGUUGUCACAUACACUACUCCGAUGCCGCUAGACAAUUGCUUGGAGAAAGUCCUGUCACACCUGCCUCGGAUCGAAUACCUCGAAUUUGCCUCAUUGUCAUGUGAUGUCGGUCACGUUAUGGAUCUGUUAUCAUCUCGGCCUGCACCGAUGCUUAAAGAAUUCAGAUUUUGGGCUAAAGAUGGCACCCCCCUUCUAAUAGGACCCGUAGGCCCUAUCUUCCAAGGACAAGCACCCCUACUUCGGAACCUCACACUCGACAAUUGUAACCGCAGCUGGUCAUCGUGUAUUUUCGGUGGGCUUCGGUCUCUAUGUAUCACAGAAACACGCUUGCCGGACCUUCUUUCAGUUCUGCGAUGUAUGCCUACCUUGGAGCUUCUCGCGCUUGAAUCAAUAAAGUGCGACGAAAGAACGCUGUUCGAUAAAGUGCCACUCGCUCGGUUGAAAAGUAUAUAUCUAUGUGCCACCUCGCUCCGUGCUGCUGUACCUGUUUUCGCACAUCUAGCCCUUCCCGUCGAUGUCAAAAUUUCUCUACGUCUCUACUCGAUUAAAGGGCCUAAAACAUUCUCAGAACUGUUUUCGGCCAUUUAUACGCACCCUAGUGGAUCUGGUCCCGUCCUACGGUCGUUGCGUGCCACCAAUCUCAAUUCAAGGCAUAUGGCUGUCCAAUUUAGCACGUCGAGAACAAUCAAGGAUCCUGACGACGACGACGUACGACUGUCGAUACGAUUCUUCUUUGACCUACCCAGUGCACGUCAGCCAGACAUCGCACUCGAUAUAUGGCAGGCCAUCACGCAGCCAAAACAUCGGACCUUCUUUUCUGGAGACCUCGAAUUCAUCCAUAUUGAGGGCUUCACAGGCCUCAUUCGGGGCAUAACCUCUGCGCUUCGGAUUCAAGGGUCGUCAGAUGUAACAUAUCCCUCGCUCCGUGUUCUGGAGCUUCGAGAUAUGGUGUUCCACGAUAGCGAACUUAAUGAUCUUCGGGAUAUCUUGACAAGCCGAACCAAACAUGAUCACAAUCUCCGCCUACAGGACUUCCGACUCACGCUAUGCAAUAAUUUUACGGCUGACCAGGAGCAGCUUUUUAAGGAGGUGGCUGUGAAUAUUGAUUGCGAUCGAUGGACUCUUAACGAUGGCCGCAGUUCGAGAGGGAGGCUGCUCUGAUUGCUUUGAAUAGACUGACGUUUUCAUGUAUUAUCAUGUACUUAUGUCAUCGUAACGGCUCCGGUGCGAGCCCUCGACUCGCUCAAGUAAAGCCAUGUCACGUCUGUAAUACCUUGUAUAUCUACAACAUAUCUACAUAUUAUAAGAACGGAGCGAUUGGGAAUAUGGUGUCGACG